AUGGCGAAAGGUUGGUUGGUGCUCUCCACCGAAUGGAAACUCGAAGACGUACAGGCUGGUCUGAAUGUAAUCAUUUCUGUCAUUUGCGUCCUUGCAGCAUGGACUACUUCCCGGUUCUACUGGCAGAAAGGGGCAACAACGUUUUUGAAGACGCGGAAUGCAAAAAUGCCCUCGCUGCUGACGUUCUCUACCCUGGGCGAAAUCAUUGAUAUUAUACAAACCUUCAGACGGAGCCUCCUAUCCUCCCACCAUUCCCGUAUCCUCAUCCAAUGUGUUAUCAUCGCAACAUUCUCAAUCGCUGCGUUACUUUCUGGUCCAAUCUCUAGUUUUUCGACAAGGGAGUCGUCCAGAAUAUAUACAGUAAACGUGGAUGGCUUUCUUACGACAACACAUCACGAGAGCAUUACAUCUGCGAUAGUUGAUUGGAAUCAGACCCUGCACAAGCUGGACAGGGCAUCAUUUCCACCUGACCAAUUACUCGAUUUCCUACCCGCCCCUAACUAUGACUGGCGUUAUAAUGGUGGCCAAUGGAACUCAACUUGGACCGCAGAAUGCGAGUUCGUAGAGCCCGCUCCCGUCCCUCUAACAUCCUUCGGCGACCUCAAUGGUUUGACUCUGUUUGACCAAAUACCCGGCCUGCUUACAAUUGUUCCUUCUUGGUUUAAUGACACCUCAACUCGUCGAGUCCAUUGGGUUAGCAGCGGUUUCUAUGACCAGCAAAACCGAUACAAGGACCUCUUCUUAUUCAUCUUUGGAACCCGGAAUAAUAGCAUCAUAGCUCCAACGCAGAUUAACAUCUCAGUCUCUUGUGUUCACCUGCAUAAUUCUCCGAGGCCAACGCAGGAGACUGAGGCAACGUGGGCAGCAGGCCCAAUAGAACUGGCUGUUUAUUCUCAAGCGAAUUGCCGCCUCACCUACUCCCGGCCAGCGACCGACGAACUCCACAGAGCAUUCCCGUGGACAAAUUCCACUAAUCAAAUAGUCGCAGCAUAUGGAGACUAUUUUCAUGCAGAUUUGGUCAAGAGAUCGACGUCCGGUCAACCAAUACAGCCGCCAUCCAGCCGGGUCUUGUUUCAAUUCUACCAAGCAUACCAUAUCACGAAGGACAUUCAGUACGUACAUAAGAUAUCACGCCCUAUUGAUGUUUCCCAACGCACUGUCGAGCUUUCCAUUGUCUUUCUAGCAAUUUUCAUUCUCCUCACGAUUAUAAUACUUGCGCUGGUCAUUCGUUACUUGUUGUUCUGUCGACGCUAUCACUCCGGGAUAAAUCCCAUACCCGACUCCAGGUUGGAUUGGAUGCUGCAGUCCAUAAAAGAAGCCUCGGUUUACGCUAGUAACCCUGACUGGCAAGAGGGUAAACCGUUGGGCACAUACACACACCUGAGGCAUGACCCCAUCCCAAGACUUGAAGCAGCAGUGUACGCCGAUGAGGGUAUUAUUAUUCCAUCGUGA